GUCUCUCUGCUAAAGAAAUAAUUCACAAAGUCAUGUUCAGUACUGAUGGAAUAUUUCGUCCUUCAAUGUUGUCACCCAAGUCGACGAGUGUCAGUCCGGCCAUGAUGGAGUUGAUCCAACAGUGCUGGGAUGAGAACCCUGCAAGCAGACCAACUUUUGAGAACAUCAGCAAAAUGUUACUCAAGUCCAGCAACAAGACAAAUACUAACAUUGUGGAUAAUAUGUUGGAAAAAUUAGAAAAAUAUGCCAACGACCUGGAAAAAAUUGUUGAGCAGAGAACAAAAGAGCUGGUGAAUGAGAAAAGAAAAACCGAUACACUCCUUCACAGCAUGUUGCCACCUUUUGUUGCGGAGGAAUUGAAGGCCGGUCAUAAAGUUGAACCGAUGAUGUACCAGAAGUCCACGGUGUACUUCUUUGAUAUUGUUAGAUUAACAAAACUCUCCUCUCAAAGUACUCCCAUGCAAAUUGUGAACAUCUUAAAUGAUCUCUAUGGAACAUUUGACGAUACCAUUUCCAAACACAACGUUUAUAAGGUCGAGACGAUAGGAGACGCGUACAUGGUUGUGAGUGGUCUGCCUCAGGUAACAGAGCGCCAUGUCGUGGAAAUAUGUAACAUGGCAUUGGAUCUGCUGGGCAUCGUCAAGACUUUCAAGAUCAGACAUCGACCUGAAAUGACACUCAUGUUGAGGAUUGGCAUUCAUUCGGGACCUUGUGCUGCUGGAGUGGUCGGUCACACAAUGCCUCGCUACUGCUUGUUUGGUGAUACGGUGAACACAUCCAGGAUGGAAUCAACUGGAGAAGCCCUCAAAAUCCACAUGAGCUCGUCCGUCAUGGAGCAGCUCUCCGUACAUCCUGAAUACCACAUUGAACUGAGGGGAGACAUAGAAUUAAAAGGCAAAGGAACGAUGACAACCUACUGGUUGCUGGGCAAAUGCAAGUUCACCACUCAAUGAAAUGAGACUUUGUUAUGAAAUCUUCAUAUAUGUAUUCAUCAGUUUGAAACAUCGUCGUUAAAUACUUAAAUUUGUCAGCAAUGAAGUUGGGUGGAAACUUCCAUAUUUUAAAAAUAAUCUAUACAUUUAUUCACGUUUGCUUGUUUUUGAUGGGUACUAUGGAAAGAAUGAUCAAUUUUCCUUAUUGUGGCUAACAUAUAUGCUCCAGACAUAUAUCAACAAUUUGUGCUAGUGUAAUUCUUAACAGCCUUUAUGCUUUUUGAACUUUCAACAAUGCUUUCAUUAUUUUUGUCAGAUAUUUUAACAGAGAUUACAGUUAUCAAUUUAAUCAUUUGCUUCUUAAAUUCAUUGUUUUCUUGUCAGUGGAUUAGUUAAGAACGCACCGCUUGUUAACAUUUUCUAGCCGUUGUCUAUAAACAUUAUUUGUAUUAUUAUUAUUGCAGUCGUUAUCUUAUUAUUAUCAAACAUUAAACAAGAUGUUGGAUUUGGCACAAAUAAUUAAAAAAUUUUCAGAUUUUGAAGUCAAAUAAAUUAUUUACUAACAUUGGAUUUUUGACAGGAAAA